CUCCCCUCGUGUGCUCUGAGUAGAGGCUGAAGAUGGCGGCGCCCAGCCGGCGGCUGGAGACGUGUCUGAAGGUGCUAGGUGCUGCCGCGGCCCAGCCGGAGCGCUUCCUCAGUGUGCAAGAUGGACUGGCUGCAGACUUCAGUUCAUUGACAAAGACUCUUUAUGAUUUGCAUAAAGCACUAGGGACAAAACUAGUGCGUGGGAGUCCUUUAAAAAAACUGGUAAUAGAAAACUUUGAUGAAGAACAGAUCUGGCAACAAAUAGAACUACAGAAUAAUGCAGUUCUAGACUACUUCAAGAAAGCUGUUGCUAGAGAUGUUAAAGACAAAGAUCUCUACCUUUUCCCAGCCCAAGAAGAGGAUGACUUUGAGGCAGACACUAGCAGUGAUAAGCAAAUGGAACAAGAAGAUAGCAUGGAAGCAGAACCUGCCUGUAUUGAAGAUGAAAGUGAGGCUAAAGAAAAGCAAAGUAAAUCCAAAGCAAGGAAAAGGCAGCUAUGUAGUGAUGAGGAUUCAGAUGUUGACUUUGAUGUUGAUGAGCUAGAGCAACAGAUUCAAAAGUUGAAGAAGACUACCUGGAAAAAAUCAAGAGAAAAGUCCGUAGUGGAUGAUAAAUUUUUCAGCUUGGCUGAGAUGGAAGCCUUUUUGGAAGAUGUAGAGAAAGAAGAAAGCAAGAAGAAGGAUGAUGAUGAGGAGGAGGAGGAGGAUGAGAUUGAUUAUUUUGAAGAUGUUCUUUCUGACGAGGAUGAAGAAGAAUCUGAAAAAGAUAAAAUCAAGCCAGUUAAAAGUUCUAGAAAUUUGAAAUAUAAAGAUUUCUUUGACCCUGUUGAUGACAAUGAUGACCUAGCUAAUGAUAGUGAAAAUGAUCAGAAUGAUGAAGAAGGUGACACUGAAGAGGAGGAUGAAGAAGGCAUUUUUGAUGAGUUUGAGGAAAAUAAUGAAAUGGACAUAAUGGAGAAGAAUGAGAGAGCUAAAGAAGUCUCUAAAAAAGUUACUUUUAAUUUACCAGAGGACAGUGAAAAAGAAGACGAUACAGAUAUACCAGAUGAGAAGAGAACUGAUCCCAUUGGAAUAAAAUCAUCUUUUGAGAAAAGGCAGGAAAAGAUGCAUGAAAAAAUUAAAUCUCUAGAAAAGGAGUUGUUGGAGGAAAAACCUUGGCAGCUUACAGGAGAAGUGACUGGACAAAAACGACCUGAAAACAGUCUUUUGGAGGAAUCUUUACUCUUUGACCAUGCAGUCAGAAUGGCUCCUGUGAUCACAGAGGAAACCACCUUUCAGCUUGAAGAUAUUAUCAAACAGAGGAUAAAAGAUCAGGCUUGGGAUGAUGUAAUACGUAAAGAAAAACCAAAAGAGGAUGCCUUUGAAUACAAGAAGCGUCUAACUCUGGAUCAUGAAAAGAGCAAAUUGAGUCUUGCUGAAAUCUAUGAGCAGGAGUAUUUGACACUCAACCAACAAAAAACUGAAGAGGAAGAAAAUCCUGAACAUGUAGAAAUUCAGAAAAUGAUGGACUCACUCUUCCUAAAAUUGGAUGCUCUUUCCAACUUCCACUUCACACCUAAACCACCCGUGCCAGAGGUUAAAAUCAUCUCAAAUCUUCCAGCUAUAAUUAUGGAAGAAGUAGCACCAGUUAGCGUUAGUGAUGCAGCUCUCCUGGCUCCAGAGGAGGUUAAGGAAAAGAGUAAAGCUGGAGAUGUGAAAACAGAUGCAGAAAAGACUACCACAGACAAAAAACGAGAACGAAGAAAGAAGAAGCUUCACAGACGUAUGAAGCUAAGGGAGAAGAAGCAGCGUCAAAAACUCCUGGAAAAAACAAAGCCAGAACAAGGCACGCAACUCAGCAAACAAGCUGUUGCGGCAAAAUUAAAAAAGCUCACCAAAGAAGGCAAAACAACUUUGCUCAAGGAUGAAGGUAAAGACAAGGCUUUGAAAUCAUCUCGAGCAUUCUUUUCUCAAUUACAAGAUCAAGUAAAAAUGCAAAUCAAAGGUGCAAAGAAAAUACAGAAGACACAGCAAGAAAUUUCUGCUCAAAAACUUAAAUUAUAAUACAUUUUAUACAUGCUAUACCUUGUAUAUAUUAAAGUAAAUGUUUCUAAUUUGUUAACAUUG